GACUUGGGUGGGCGGUCUGCGCUGGAGGCAGCGGCGCUGAAAGUGAUGCUGGGGGACCCACAGUGUCAUAAACAGCUGAGACGCAGCAUGCAGCGGAGACAGGCGGCGGGGGGAAGGGACGGGGGAUUCCUGCCGAGGAGGCUGGCGGCUGGUGGGCUCGCUGACGACAGGCAAGUGCUAACAACAACAAGAGCGAGCCUGCGCCUUUAUUUCCCAAAGUUUGCAGCCGGAGAACGAGAGAGCAAGCGGCAGGGCUGCAGCAGCCAGGGGGAAAUGCCUCUGAAGGAGCUUCCUCCAAAGGCUGGGCUGCGGCAGUGCCUCUGAAGCCAAAUCUGGCCACAGUCUUGCACUGGAAUUAGGGGGAGUGGAUCAAGCGGAUCUCUUCGGGGAUUUGCCAUUCCUGCUCCCCUUGCGGGCCGGGGAAGGACCCCCUCCUCCCCUCUCGGUCUGGGAUUAUUAGCGCUCAUUCUGGGUUUCUUAUUUUACCCUCUCUCUGAAGCUGCGUUGUGUACUGGCUCCCUGUACAGCUGGGCGCCCGCCGCCGCGCAGCGCCUUCCGCUAAUCUGCGCGGCCACCCUCUGCUUGCUGGUUCUGCACAGCUGGGCGCCCGCCCCAGCUGUUUCCUCACCUCUGCAGGCCAGCAGCCGGCCCCGGCCUCCGGAGAGCCGCGGCAGUUCUACUCCGCACAGCUGUAUGCCCGCCGCAGUUUCCGCACAUCUGGAUUCGCUGGAAUCUUGGGCCUUCCAUGCGCUGCUGGUGCUCCCCUCUAUGUUUUACGUGGGCUUGUUCUUCGUCAAUGUGCUGAUUCUCUACUAUGCCUUCCUGAUGGAGUAUAUCGUCCUCAAUGUAGGGAUCGUGUUCCUGCCCGAAGACAUGGACCAGGCUCUGGUGGAUUUGGGGGUGCUGUCAGACCCUGGCUCGGUGCUCUAUGACACGGACAGCGAGCUGGAUGUGUUUGAUGGGUAUUUGGAAUAACAAGCAAAAAGCGUGCAGAAAGUGACUAGGGAAUAACACCCCCCCCCCGCGCAAGAAUUGGAGGGUUUGUGUUGCCCUUGGUGGCCAUGGCUAAGGGAUCACCAGAGCCCUGUGCUGUCCUUGCAUCUGAUUUCCCUCAGCGCGGCAUCCUAUGUUCAAAAUGGCCCCACCGGUGCAAGUGUCAGUGGGGGCUGCUGCUGCCUCUGGCUGAGGUGCCCAGGAUCUGCUGCUGCUCAUGGGAUGGGAACUGGAGGCUGCGGCGGAGGCCCUGGUGGGGAGCAGGGGACAGACAGAGAGGGCACUGCCGGGCUCCAAAGCGCUGUUCUUCCCACUGCAGCUUUUGAGCUAUGAAAACAAUUUAUUAUAGCGGUUCUAUUAGUCUUAAGUUUUAUAGAAGCUUGUUUUCAUUUAAUUUACAUUUAAUUUGGGGGCCAAAUUCAAGUUGAUAGUGUUCAUAAGGACCUGAUCCUGAAAUCCCUUAUUUCAUGGGAGUAGCUCCUUGACAUCCAUGGCAUUAUUUUUGUGUUGCAGGCUUAGGCCCUGAAUUAGCAUUGGUAUGUACAGUUCUACAGAACCUGAAUUUUGUUAUCCUCUGUUUAUAAUGAAAAGGGCAUAAUAUCCGUCUGCAUUUCUAAUGUACAGAAUGCCUCAUUUAGCAUAUUAGGGGAAAAGCUUCCACAAAAGUGCUGCAGUAAUAGUUGUUAGGGUCAGGAUAGUGUGUCGCCGCAGGAUUACACAGCAAUUCUCUGGAAAGAGAUCCUGAUAGCCUGCCAAUGUAGGAGUUUUUUUAAAAAAAAGAAAUCUGCUGUUGAGGUCUGCAGUACUUAGCCAUGCAUCAUGAUGUGCUAAUCUAAAGACAGUCUGUUAGAGACCAGGAUGAGCUCUAUGUUGGGAGAAGUUACCCCACAUCUGUUUAAUUUGGGGUUCUUUCACUUUCCUCUGAAGCAUCUGGCACAGGCAAUUGUGAGACAGGAUACUAGACUAGAUGUAUCUAGGGUCUAAUCCAUUUUGGCAUUCCCAGUCUCAUGGCCUUUACACAUUUGGAGUCCUGUUCCAAAUUAGGCAGAGCAGGGAUCCAAACCACAUCAGCGCUCUAUCACCAGGCUAUUGACUAUGUAGUAUAUGUGUGUCUCCCCUCCCCUCCCCCCUUGUUUUGACCAGAAAUUCCAUCCUGGAUCUGAGAAACCUUCCCAACAAAAGGUAAGACAAUUCUCACCCUUUCCCGUGAAAUGUUUUGGUUUUGAUGAAUCAGCAUUUUCCAGUGGAAAAACUAUUUAAUCCAAAAAUUCCCACCGCACUCUAUUCCCUAACCCCUACUCCUUUGUAGUCUUUCUGUGUCCAGGUAUUACUGCAAAAGAAUGAUGGCUAGUGAAGACGCAGGACAACUGUUAGCUAUUAUCAAACCCCAGCAGUAAUUCUAGGGUGCAAAGAAAGUUUGAUUACAUGCAUGUACAAACACUCAUGAAAGUUGUCAAAGAAAACUGCUUCAAACAGCAGGGAAAACUAUGAACAGCACAAGGAUUCGGCCCACUUUUGCUCAAGCACUUUAGGGCAAGGACUGUCUGAACUUUGUGUAUUAUACAGUCGUGACAACAUUGGCAGCAGCAAACUAUUUUUGUCUAAAGAAAACUUUCAUUUGUGAAUUUACAUUGGGUCUCAGGAGAGAUUUCCAAUUCAGUGUAAAAUGAGAAUAGCACUGUGCUUCUUUUCCCAUGAAUUUUGGACAUGCAUAUGUGUUAGAUUUAUCUGAAGGGCUAAUCCAGCCCACUGUUGCAUUGACUUCAGUGAGAGAGUCAGUUCAGACCUUUACUUUUCUUGGAAUUUAAUUGACCUUGGUGUCAGUACCAACAGUCUCAACCUUAAAAAAAUAUAAGUAGCAUUGUCCUCAAAACUGUCUAGUUUGGGAUUUUUGCAUGUUGUUCUUCACCACUUAGUGCCUCUUGGGUUAAACAAAAACCACUGGGGAGUCAAAGACUAAUGAGCUCGUGUUAUUGUAAUAGUCCAGUUUUCUUUCAAAUAGGUUUGAAAAUGUGCCAGGACUGGAAUGGUGGAACAAGAAACCGUGGCCUUGAAUGUUCAAAAUUAAAAGGAAUGUACAGGAGAC